AGAGGGGCCUCUUCGCAAAUCGCAAUUCCCACCACCACCACCACCACCACCAUCGCCACCGCCUACUCCUCCUCCUCCCAGAUCCACCCGGCCGCCGCCGCCGCCGCCGCCGCCCCCCACGCCCCGCGGCGGCGAGAUCCCUCCCCCGUCGCCCCACCCUGGAUUCCGUCGAGAAGAUCGUCGAGGACUUCGCCAUGGACCUCGCCAUCAACCCCUUCUCCUCCGGCACCCGCCUCCGGGACAUGAUACGGGCGAUACGCGCGUGCAAGACGGCGGCGGAGGAGCGGGCGGUGGUGCGGCGGGAGUGCGCGGCGAUACGGGCGGCCAUCAGCGAGGGGGACCAGGACUACCGCCACCGGAACAUGGCCAAGCUCAUGUUCAUCCACAUGCUCGGGUACCCCACCCACUUCGGCCAGAUGGAGUGCCUCAAGCUCAUCGCCGCCGCGGGCUUCCCCGAGAAGCGCAUCGGGUACCUCGGCCUCAUGCUGCUGCUCGACGAGCGGCAGGAGGUGCUCAUGCUCGUCACCAACUCGCUCAAGCAAGAUCUUAACCACUCGAACCAGUUCAUUGUGGGGCUUGCACUCUGUGCUCUUGGCAACAUUUGCUCCGCUGAAAUGGCGCGUGAUCUGUCACCUGAGGUGGAGAGGCUAUUGCAAAGUAGGGAACCAAAUACCAAGAAGAAGGCUGCCUUAUGCUCUAUAAGGAUCGUACGGAAGGUUCCAGAUUUGGCAGAGAACUUCAUGGGCUCUGCUGUUUCACUACUGAAGGAAAAACAUCACGGGGUUCUCAUAUCUGCUGUUCAGCUCUGCGCAGAACUUUGUAAAGCAAGCAAAGAGGCAUUGGAGUACCUGAGGAAGAACUGCCUUGAUGGUUUGGUCAGAAUACUGAGAGAUGUGUCCAAUAGUUCAUAUGCUCCUGAAUAUGACAUUGCUGGAAUUACGGAUCCGUUCUUGCAUAUCAGAGUGCUUAAGCUCAUGCGAAUUUUGGGUCAAGGAGAUGCAGAUUGCAGUGAGUUUGUGAAUGAUAUUCUUGCUCAGGUUGCAACAAAAACUGAGUCAAAUAAGAACGCAGGAAAUGCUAUUUUAUAUGAAUGUGUUGAGACUAUAAUGGGCAUCGAAGCUACUAGUGGUUUACGUGUGCUGGCAAUCAAUAUCUUGGGUAGAUUUCUGUCCAACCGUGAUAAUAACAUCAGAUAUGUUGCUCUGAACAUGCUUAUGAAGGCCAUGGAGGUAGACACGCAAGCAGUGCAGAGGCAUAGAGCAACAAUAUUAGAGUGUGUCAAGGAUGCUGAUGUAUCUAUUCGCAAAAGGGCCCUUGAACUUGUUUACCUUCUUGUCAACGAUGCAAAUGCAAAAUCUUUGACCAAGGAGCUUGUUGAUUACCUGGAAGUAAGUGAUCAGGACUUCAAGGACGACCUCACAGCAAAGAUAUGCUCAAUUGUUGAAAAGUUUUCCCAAGAUAAACUUUGGUACUUAGACCAGAUGUUCAAGGUUUUAUCUCUGGCUGGAAAUUAUGUGAAGGACGAUGUAUGGCAUGCUCUAAUAGUCUUAAUAAGCAAUGCAUCUGAACUCCAAGGAUACUCAGUGAGAUCAUUAUACAAGGCAUUGCUAGCUUGCGGUGAACAGGAAAGUUUGGUUAGGGUAGCUGUAUGGUGCAUUGGUGAGUAUGGUGAAAUGCUGGUGAACAAUGUUGGUAUGCUGGACAUAGAGGAACCAAUCACGGUAACAGAAUCUGAUGCCGUGGAUGCUGUAGAGGUCUCUCUUAAACGAUACUCUGCAGACGUGACAACUCGGGCUAUGUGUCUAGUAUCUCUCUUGAAGCUCUCUUCCCGAUUCCCACCGACUUCAGAGAGGAUAAAGGAAAUAGUUGCACAGAAUAAAGGGAAUACUGUGCUUGAACUACAACAGAGGUCAAUUGAAUUCAACUCCAUUAUACAGAGGCAUCAGUCUAUAAAAUCAUCUUUGCUUGAGCGGAUGCCUGUGAUAGAUGAAGCUAGUUACUUGGCUAAGAGAGCUGCUUCCACACAAGCAACUAUUUCAUCAGAUAAAUUAGCUGCUGCAGCAACUCCUGGAAGCUCGCUUAAGCUUCCAAAUGGUGUAGCAAAGCCACCACCGGCUCCUCUAGCUGAUUUGCUUGAUUUAAGUUCUGACGAUGCUCCUGCGACUACUUCCGCCCCUACUACAGCACCUAAUGAUUUCCUACAGGAUCUUUUGGGCAUAGGCUUGACUGAUACAUCUACAGCAGGUGGAGCUCCAUCAGCAAGCACAGAUAUUCUGAUGGAUCUUCUAUCAAUUGGUUCUUCUCCAGUACAAAAUGGCCCACCAACAGUAUCAAACUUUAGCCUUCCUGGUCAAGCUGAGACUAAAGUUGCACCUGUUACACCCCAAGUUGUGGAUCUUCUUGAUGGUUUGUCCUCAAGCACAUCUCUUUCUGAUGAGAAUACAGCUUACCCGCCAAUCACAGCUUUCCAGAGUGCAGCUUUGAAGAUCACUUUCAAUUUUAAGAAGCAGUCUGGAAAACCUCAGGAGACUACAAUUCAUGCUAGCUUUACAAAUUUGACAUCUAAUACAUUCACGGAUUUCAUCUUUCAGGCAGCUGUACCAAAGUUUAUCCAGUUGCGUUUGGACCCCGCUAGCAGCAACACGCUUCCUGCCAGUGGAAAUGAUUCUGUUACACAAAGCCUCAGUGUCACAAAUAACCAACAUGGACAGAAACCCCUUGCGAUGCGUAUCCGGAUAACUUACAAAGUGAACGGUGAGGACAGGCUGGAGCAAGGGCAAAUCAACAAUUUUCCUGCUGGAUUGUAGUUUGACCUGUGUCUAUAAUGUUGUGAUAGCUCUUCCAACUGCUGCAAGCAAAGGCGAGUUUUUCUUUUUACUUUUUUCUGCUCUUCCCCUUUUGCUUGCCUUCUAGUGAGUUAUGUACACGACUUAGCUGGUUUUGGCCAUUCAUUCUUCCUUUCUAUAUUGUAUAGUAGCCGGCAGCAAUUAAUGCUACAUCUUCAGUUUUGGCAAAAUGUAUUCAUAUGGUGCUGUAUAUCACUUGAGGAUAACUAAAAUUUUCAGCCUCCCCCUCA